AUGACGGUCGAAACAGCAAUUAAAUCCUGUUUCCAGUCAUAUUUUGAAAAACGUAAGGCAAGGGGUGAUGCACGACCAUGUGGUCCUCAGGAACUGGAUGAUGAAAAGUUCUUGGGGAGAUUAAGACGUGCUGGGCUCAGCGAACCUAGAACUAAUGUCACUGGUAGUGUUGGAAACAACAAGAAAAAGAAUAAUGGGAGGAGAUAA